GAUGACAAAUGGGAAAAGAAGUGCCAGAAGAUCUUCUCGUUUGCUCACCAGACCAUCAGUGCUCUGAUCAAAGCAGAACUGGCAGAGCUGCCUCUUCGUCUCUUCCUACAAGGAGCACUGGCUGCAGGAGAGAUUGGCUUUGAGAAUCAUGAAACUGUGGCAUAUGAAUUCAUGUCCCAGGCCUUCUCUCUAUAUGAAGAUGAAAUCAGUGAUUCAAAAGCACAGCUGGCUGCAAUCACCUUGAUAAUUGGGACAUUUGAGAGGAUGAAGUGCUUCAGUGAGGAGAACCAUGAGCCUUUGAGGACUCAGUGUGCACUGGCAGCCUCUAAGCUCCUUAAGAAGCCGGACCAAUGCCGGGCUGUGAGCACUUGUGCCCAUCUGUUUUGGUCUGGCCGAAAUACUGACAAGAAUGGAGAAGAGCUUCAUGGAGGAAAAAGAGUAAUGGAAUGCCUAAAGAAGGCUCUGAAGAUAGCAAAUCAGUGCAUGGACCCUUCUCUGCAAGUCCAACUUUUCAUAGAAAUUCUGAAUAGAUAUAUCUAUUUUUAUGAAAAGGAAAAUGAGGCGGUGACAAUUCAGGUUUUGAAUCAGCUUAUACAGAAGAUAAGAGAAGAUCUCCCAAACCUUGAGUCUACUGAAGAAACGGAACAAAUUAACAAACACUUUCACAACACACUGGAGCACUUGCGUCUGAGGAGGGAAUCACCAGAAUCUGAGGGGCCAAUUUAUGAAGGUCUUGUUCUUUAGGAAGAUACACACUGUACUUACUUCUUUUCAUUUACAUACCGUAUGUUUUUUUUAAAAUAGAUUGAUAGGUUGUGCCUUUCAGAAAUGUCAAGUUAACAUUCAUGUGUUCAGUCUGGCACUUCAAACACUCGUGUUGAGUGCCCUAACAAAUUUGAAAGGUUGGACCAGCAACUACAGGUUUCAUCAGUUAGCAUGGCCAAAACUUUCUUUGAAAUCCAUGUGACAUGGUAGGGCUCUUCUGGUUCUGAUUUCUCUUCUGUCUGUUCACUGUUGCUUCUGUAGCACUAGAGUUCUAAACUGGCAGUGACUGUCAUCUGAAACUGUGUCUGAUCCUUACAGAGCAUCAGAUUUUUGGGAUUAUUGUAUGUCAGAUUCUGCUUGUGCUUUUCUUUUAAUGCAAGUUUAGACUAAGUGUAAUAUUUUUCCCUAAAAACUAGAAUAUAUUAAUGCAUGUUUGGAGAGUUUUAAAGUACCAUGUUCAAAAAACAGAAGUUAUAUUUUGCAUAUUAAGGCUCUGUGACAUUCAGUGAGGGCCAGUACUGUGCACAGGGCGUAUUUAUCAAGAUAAUUUUCUUCCAAAUAGUAUAAAAAUAGAGAAAUUGCAAUCUAUAUAGAUAUGUAUAACCUUCAUUACUGUAAAUUUAGGGGAAAAUGCAUUACACAAGUUUAUUCAGUAUCAUGAUUUUGCACCAGUGAAACAAUAAAGUUGCUAUUAACACC